AUGGCCAGGGAGGAGUGCAAGGCGCUCCUGGAUGCGCUCAACAAGACCACCGCGUGUUACCAUCAUCUGGUGCUGACGGUGGGGGGUUCGGCGGAUUCUCAGAACCUCCGGGAAGAGUUACAGAAGACGCGCCAGAAGGCCCGGGAAUUGGCGGUGGCCACCGGAGCUCGACUGACGGUGGUCCUCCGUGAUCGCAGCCUGGUCGCCGAGGAACGUGCCGAGUUCGAACGACUCUGGGUAGCCUUUUCCGGCUGUUUGGAUCUGUUGGAAGCCGACAUGCAGCGCGCCCUGGCACUGGGCGCCGCCUUCCCUUUGCACGCGCCCCGCCGGCCGCUGGUGCGCACCGGGGUGGCGGGCGGCUCGUCCGCGGUGGCCGCGCGCGCCCUGAGCGCACGCAGCCUGCGCCACGAGGCCGAGGGUGACUUCGAUGUCGUAGACCUGCCCCAGUUGGAGCGAGAGAUCCUACAGGUGGGCGAGAUGAUCGACGACAUGGAAAUGCGGGUCAACGUCCCCCGAUGGACGGUGCAAGCUCGCCAAACGGCUGGCGCCGAACUCCUCUCCAGUGCCAGCGCUGGCGCUUCCUCGGCCGGGGGCAUGUCUCUAGAAGAACGAUCCGGAUCGUGCGAUCCCAGCAAAGCCCUGGCUGCCACCGUCUUCAGCGCCGUGGUGCUGGUGGCUGUGGCCCUGGCCUUGUGUGUGGCAAAGUUGAGCUGA